AUGAGUACUAACAAUAUUAAAGAAAAAAAUGCGAUACACGAAUUUCCAAAUUAUGAAAAUGCAGUAAAAGCAUUUUUUUCAGACAUUGAAAUGCAAAAAAGGACCUACAAUAAUACGGGAGAAGCCAUAAACAAAUUCCUUAAAACAACUCGUUCUGACGCACCCGAAAUGAUUGAAUAUCUAACGGCAAAUCACCAAAAUCCACAAAAUCACGUAAUUCUGGGGGCAAUAUACAUGUAUAAAGUGUUAUGCAACCGACGACCAAAAUCUUUUGAUGAAUACCGAAAAGCAGCAGAAUGCAACGAUCCGCAUGGACAAUACCUUCUUGGCUGUUAUUAUGUUGCGGGUAUCGGCACGAAUCAAAGCAGUGAAAUGGCAGUUUAUUGGCAAAGGCAAGCAGCAAAUCAACGCAUUCCAUCUGCGCAUUUUGCUUUAGGAUAUCAUUAUCAAUACGGAUAUGGUGUGAAAAAGAACCUAUUAAAUUUUUACUAUUAUCUACAAAAAGCGGCUGAGAGUGGACAUAUUCGCGCUAUGAGGAAGCUUGCUAAUGCGCAUAAUUGUGGUGCUGGAACUUUACAAGAUAACCACAAAGCCAUUUAUUGGGCAACAAAGUAUAAAAAAGCAGCAUCUGAUGAUUAUGCAAAUACUUUUAUGAAGAAUCUAUUUGAUCCCGAUUUGCAUCGACAGAAAAAAAUGUAUUUUGGGAUGUGGUGUUAUUGGUAG